AUGCUAUACACGCAGCUGCAGAUCACUGGCCACUGCAAAUCACGAUCCCAUCCAAAGGGAGACGAAGAGUGGCUCAACAGAGAUACACAGUACCAGAUGACAAACUACCAGAGUUCUAAAGACUCAGACCUCUUCAAGAUAAUCAACUGGCACAAGCUAGGUCCGGACAUAAAAUCACCACCACUAAAAGUCGGCAACUUGACAGUAGAGGACACUACCGGAAAGGCAUAUGCCCUCAAGACGGCCUUACUAGACAGGCGCUCGGCCGAAGACGACCUCGUACACGACCCGUUAGAGUUUCCCAUCGCCCCCCGCGCUGCAUUGGAAUAG